AUGCUCAUCGCACCAAAGGUUGUACAGAGGAGAGUGUGGCUGUCGAACCCCAACAAGUUCCAGAACGACAUCAUUCCUAUCGUCAAGGCGUACAUGAAUGAUCCCGAGAUUAUUCGCAUGUCCAUGGAGAUGAGCGCCGAGCAACCCACAGUAGUCAUCAACCAAAGGCGAAGUCAUGCGAGUAUCAAGAAGCUCUUGGACUUUAUUGGCGGCGAUAUGCAACUAUACAACAACGUCAUGAACAGUCUUCGGUCACUCUUCGUCCUGACGAACGACGCUAUUUACUGCACGCUGCGCUACGAUGUGUUGAUGGCGUGUCACGAAGCAAACAUUAGAGCUAUUACAACAAACGAUCCGUCUCACGAACUGGUCUGGAAUCUGGAUGCCUGCAACAGAACAUUGUCAAUGGAUGAGCGUCGUGUGGAGAACAUCCGCAAGUUCUUCGACAAAGUUUCCCGCGAUGACCCUGUCCAUGGAGAUAUUGCCAUGAUUCUGAACGACCCCUUCACCUCCAAUAUGAUUGCUUCACGUCUUUUACAAAUCAUGAUCGAGGCUACUCAGACUGAGCGGUUUGGUCAAGCUGAGAAUACUACGAUUUGGACUGCUACGAUGCUCAACCUUGGAGCUCAUGCGAGAAGAAUUGUUCAACAACAAAAGUUCAGGAUCCCUAAAGUGGAAGCGAAUGUAACGGACAAGUUCAUGUCGACGCUGAACAGUUAUAUCCUAAACGAUGCUAUCCGCAGUUUGAAGCAGGACUCGGAAGAACCCUACCAGAUUGAUGAAGUCGAGUUUACGGAGGAGAAUUUGGUGGCGCUCGAUGAUAGCGAAGUUGCCCGAAAGCUCAUUUGCCAUUACAUCCUGAACAGGCUAGCACAUAUGGACAUCCAGGCCCUGUCAAAGAUCAUGCCCAACUUUGUCGCUAGCCUGAAGAGAAACGCCAAUUACGACUACCAAUCAGAGGUCAUGGACUCACUUCACGUAACCUACCGGUCCUUCUUCCACUCUUUCGUGGGUAUCCUCCUCCGCCAACAUCAGAUCACCCGCUUCUUGACGACGCGCAAGUGGCAGACAGUGAUCAUGAACGACUUUUUCUUGCCGUGCGCGGCGAUCGAUAGUGCUGCUUACGAGCAGGUGGUCACUUUCUUGCUGAACGCGUUCCGUUUGGUUGCUUCGAGUGGAAGGGCAGGCUCUAUCGGCGACAGCUUUUCUAAUUUGGGCAGAUGGCUCGAGACGCUUUACACCAACCGCCCAGAAUCCACCAUCAGCGAGGAGAAGAAUAUCGUCUUGAGGGGCACAUUUGCCCAAAUCGUUUCAGAUGCCGGAGUAUUCAGUGGCGGCCGUUACAAAAUCCGUCAGGAGGAUAUCCCCACCGUCCUGCCCUACGUCCAGCCUGUCUGGGCUGAGACCCAGAUGGACACGUCUUCCUGA